GUGAUACCAGCUGAGCUCUGUUUAUACGCGGCAGUGUUUCUGUCAGCAGAAUGCUGUAAUGUAAUGUAAUGUAAUGUAAUGUAAUGUAAUAUAAUAUAAGACCUUGGCGUGUAAACAGAGGCGCGUCAGUGAAGCAGCUCUGAUAAAUAGGACUCUGCUGUAGUGGCACAUUUUACUUGCAGUUUGGCUUCAGGGGUUAUUUAAACACCUAAAAUCUCUUUCUAAGGGAGAUCAGUUAGUCUGAUCUGUAUUAUACCGACAUGAUGUACACGCUGAGCCUCGUUGCAGCUGUUUUCGUGGCUCACGUUGUGUCUGUGAGCAGCUCGGAACAAAACGUCGACCCUAAUGUACUCAAAGCGGCCAACUUUGCCAUCAGGUUCCACAAUCGUAUGGCGAACUAUCCUUAUGCGUAUAAAGUCGUGGACAUCCUGUCUGACUCUGCUGAGAUCUACCCUCCUGCCCGAGUGAAGUACACAAUAGAAGCGCAAGCUGCUCAGACGACGUGCAGAAACAACGGCCGCAUGAACCUGGAGGACUGCAGCGUUGCGGCGAACGCACAAACGAUGAUCUGCAACUUCGUGGUUCUGGCGGUUCCAGGAGAGAACACGGUUCCUCAACACGUUCUGUCACAGCUCUGUGCCUGACGUGUCCUUCAUCGAACCGCACGAGUGACUGCACUGUAGUUUUGUUUUGCCUUUUCAAAAUGUAGACCGUUUCCUGAGAAAUCGGGGAAAGAUUUUCCUUGAGAAACAUCCCGUAUCCUGUUUCCUUUCCUUGGAGAAGCUCCGUAUUGAAUAAAACACUUACGUGGCAUGCUGUUGUCGGAAAAUAAUCAACAACGAGGUGACAUAAUGCAUCUCGAAAUGAAGCGGGCUUACUGUUAGCUGAUUAUUUUCCUAUAAAAGGACGUCCUGAAAUGUUUUAUUCAUUAAAGAUCGGCAUCGUUUUCAUCCGCUUGUAGUUACAUGUAACGUUUAGGAACACAUGAAACAAGUUACUUCCUGUUAUCACUUUAGUUAUAGCGGCUGUAAGCGGUUGGCGUCGGUCCUGAAGACUUUCCUGUGGUGUAAAACUCACUUACAGCUGUUACAAACUUACACUGACACUGGAGACUCAUUCCGUAAACGAACGCCGCCUCAUAGAAAACUUUACCACGACGUGGUGUUUUUUAAUCUGUUUAUUAGCAUUGGGCGUAGACUACGCGGCGCUUUCGCCAAACUAUUCAAGUGUAAGUCAUUACCAUAGAAACGAUGACGCUGUUAUAGUAAAUGAAACACCCUUCUGACCAAUCGUAAUCGAGAAUUCAGAUUCAGCAGCGCUGUGGUGUAAGUUUAUCACUAUUUGAACGUUAGACUGGAGGUGGAAUAGCACUUUUAUGCACUUUUCUUCUUUAUCGAAAUGAACUUGGCAUUUUUACGAAUUAUCCGUGUGUUAUUGUUAGGUUUUAGUGUAUAAAAUAAGCAGAUGAACAGUGACAUGUUCGCAGUGUGAAGUUCUCAGACCCUGCAUAGAGAGAGUGUGUGUUGCUACAAUGUAUUUAUUCACACCUGACCUUUACUUUGGAAACGUCGGAGUAAGGAACGAGCUUCAGAGCUCACAGCAGCGCAGCAUUGUGCGUUUCUAUAGAGAUACUAACUGCAUAAAACACUAAUAACCUGAUCUCUGGACGCGGCGGGGUCCGUGUGGGCUUUUAAACAACACCACUGCUGUUAUCAUUUCAAUAAUCCUGAAAUAAAGAGGAAAGAAUUUG